AUGUCAUCACAUGCUCCUAAAGCAGGCCCCAUCCAAGACACUCAGCAACCUGAAAGUGUUGGUGUGAUAACACAGGAGGCAUUAACCCAAUUGAACCAGGCAUUGCAAACUGUAACCACCUUACUAGGUGCCAGUAAUAUGGAAGCCCCUAGAAGUGUCUCUCCUCAUAUUCCCUUGGAUAGACAUAUUAGGGUUAGGGUUAAAUCACCUGUGCAAUAUGUGUCUCAUGAGAGUGGGGAAAGCGCAUGUGAGUCUGAUAGUGAUGUGGGAAAGCAUGUAUCUUACUCCCUGCCAAGCAGACAGGUGUUUACCCACAAAGAGGAUCAGGGUCCCAGGCGACCAUCAUAUGCUGAGGUGGUCUCUAGGAAGAAAAAUUACCAAUAUUCAGAAAAGGAUCAAAAUUCAUCCAGCAUAAUUAAGUUUUUAAAUACCACUGUGUCCAAGUUCUCUAAGAAAGGUUCUUCUCAGAUAGCGAAUCACUUAGAACUGUAUGAAUCCACUAUGGAUUCUUUAAAAUUAUACUCUGAUGCUGACAGAAUCAGAUUCCUUCCAUGGGCAUUUGAUGAUAAAUAUCGUCAUUACUUUACCUCUUUUAGGGAGAGAGGAAUUCAAGAUUGGCCAAGUGUUUUGCAUGAAGUUAAACUGGAAUUCGGACCUUACCGAACCAUUACUGCUGCAAAACGAGACAUAUAUAAGCUUACAUGUAGGCCCAAUCAAAGUCCCCGUGAAUUCCUCUCUAUCCUUAAAAAUGCCUAUGGGUUAGCAUAUAGAUCCCCAAACUGGGAAUCUGAAGAGUUUAAGCAGUUGUUCUAUGAUGCUAUGCCAACCCAGAUCAAACUUAGCCUAGCCAGAGAUCUGGAUAUUGAAGCUCCCUUGGAUAGGUUGGUGACGGCUGCCACCACGCUGUAUAAUAUCAGUGAAUGCCAUGAAACAGGUGAGAGAAGAUUUAAAAAAUCCCCAGAGCAAAAUAUAGCUGAAGCUAAGGUAAACCCUAGCUUGGGAUUUGAAACACAGCCACGUAAGUAUUCUCAGUCUACAGGUCCUGUCCAACAAACCCAGCAACAACAGGUAAGACCCAAGCAAACCAAGCCCCAAAAUCCCAACGGGUCAGAGGGGGAUAAUUCUGGUGCUGGGAGGUCUAACUACCGUCCAUAUUACAAUAAUGGUCCCCAAUAUAGGUCCUAUUACAAUAGGGAUUCCCAGGGUUACAGACGCUGGAAUAACAGGCCCAGACAACAGAGGGAAGAUAGGCAGGAACCCUUAAACUCACCUAGGAGUAGGUCACCCACCAAUAAUCAGGGCGCCUCACAAAACCAAAAUAUGCGCAAACCAAACAGUACCCCUGACCCUAAGAUUGGGGCCAGGGAGGAGGUGUCUAAUGUUUUAUUUGUCUUACAGUCUAAUCGUGUCGAUCCCUGCGACCAUGCGUCUAUUCCAGAGUGUGAUCCCAUCAUUCCAGCCUCUAGUCAUGAAUCAGCUGUAAACUGUGAUAUAAUCCAGUUUUCCCCAAGGGUGGGGGCCGAUGCUGCUCCUCCAACUUCUCCUGACACCGUAAUUGGUUUAGCUAUGGAAUCAGAAUACUACACUUUUGGAUUCCAGAAUGAUGUUAUUGGACUUAUUCCUGAUGAAUACCUGACGGAAGAACAGGUAAUUGUAACAGGCAAUUUGAUGUCUUCUCCACGGGAUUCGGAAGGCAGAAAGACGGGUUCCAAGAGGAAGCAUUUAUCCUGCUACGAUUGUAGCGCUCUUUUGGAGGAUAGCUGUCCCUACUCCAGAGAAGUAACAAAAGUUACUUAA